UAUAGUUCUCUGUGUUUACAAAUAGAUUGGCAUUACUUCAUUUUCAUUUUUUUUUUUCGUUGAGUAUGCAUUUAAUUUCAUUGUAGUUGCAAUCGACUCGAAUAAAAAAAAGCGUUAAUAAAAAGAAAUAUUAAAUUAUAAAAAGAGAAAAGGGAAUAGCAAAAAAAAAGUUGAAUCCGAUCAAAAAUCAACAGAAAUAGAAAUAACCUUUAGAAAAUGGCAUCCAACGAUUCAGGAGUUGACACAAGCAACGAUAGUUUUUGUACGAACGAUACUAGUAAUAAUAACAGCGCCAAUACCUCAAUGAAUGGUCAAGAGGGCUGCAGUAGUUCUUUAAUGGACGCAGCAGUGACCCGAGCACUAAGUCAGGCAGCCCAAAGUUUUGAAUCAUUUCGUUCAUCAACAGCAUCGACAUCAUCGUCAUAUGAAGGAACAAGUUCAGCACAAAGUUUUCGACGACCAGAUCGAAUGUCCGAAUGGAAAGAAAGUCGAAAAGAUACACGUCGCUAUCAACAUCAUCAUACAACUCGUCAUGCAUUAGUGCCGUAUGUGUGUAAAUUACCGAACGAACGAAAGUUACGUUUGGCAGCGUCGGUUUCAAAUAUAGAACUUUUGGUUCGACUAUUGGACAGUGGCGUGAAUCCGGACGCAGCCGAUGAACAUUUCCGAAGUCCAUUACAUUUGGCAUCGAGCCGUGGAUAUAAAGAUGUUGUUAAAAUUCUACUAACACGCGGUGCAAAUCCAAACAGACAAGAUUCACUCGGCAAUACACCUCUUCAUCUUGCUGUGUGUUCAGCUAGCUCAUACAAUUUCAAUAUGGUGGUGCGUAUCCUUUUACAAAAUGGUGCUCGUGUAAAUAUAUGCGAUAGAUCGGGAAAAACGCCCUAUGAUUUGGCGAGAAGUAAAUUGCUUUUGAUGCGUUCCCGUCUCGAUGUAGGCAUUACACCAGAGACAGCAAAAUUAUUUGUUGAAAUGUCAAUGUUAACAGGUCUAUUGUAUAAAACAUUAACACAACAACGCAAUGACAUGGAAUUCGACGAUUUGGAAGAACGUCUACGUAAUUUAACAACAAAAGAAAUUGAAGAUGGCGCAGACAAUCUUCUUUUAUGCGAUGUAGCCGGUCUAACAAUCUGAACCAACUUUAUAUAUUAGACAAGGCCGACCAUUUUUACUCGUAGAUUUUUCGGUUUUGUUUUCCUAAUUAAAUCAUAGUACAGUGUAGUUGUAUAUCGUAAGGUAAUUUGCUUAUCAGAAAGUUGUGAAAAAUAUUUUACAAGCCAGAAGAAAUAAAUUUACCAUGCGAUUUCGCACUUUUAUAAGAUAAUUGUAAUAA